ACUUAGAUGUUUGUAAUUGUUUAAACACGGAAAAUAUAAUAUUAUAUUUUUCGUGAAACUUAGCCUUCAUAUUUUUUAAAAUUUAUCAGUUUAAUUUAAAGGAAGAUAAAAAAAUUAUUUUUUAUAUAUUUAAAAGUGAUAAGUUUGAAAUAGAUGGAGUUUAAGUUUCUAAUUGGCUAAUAUUGAUUUAUAAAUUUGUGAAUAAUUUAAAAUUUGACAAAACAACUUGGCUAUGACCACUAAAAAUAACUACAUCGUGAAUGAUAGCAACGGCCAGAAUUCACUAACACACGAUAACAACAAUGAAGUUUUCACGAUUACCCAAAGUAAACCGAAGACAAAGGAGGAAAAAAGAAUGGAUUUUGACGAGCUGCUGCCUUACGUAGGAGAGUUUGGGUUGUAUCAAAAAAUAUUGUUUUUGUUAAUGAUACCAUUCGCUUCAUUUGUCGCGUGGGUUUACUUUACACAAAUAUUCAUUACAUUAGUGCCGGGCGAGCAUUGGUGUAAAGUCCCUGGCUUAGAGAACCUUACCAUUGAACAGAGAAUAGCAUUAGCAAUACCACCGGCAGGAAUUUAUGACAAUGCCGGUGCAUCAGGACACUCACGUUGCUCUAUGUACAAAGUUAAUUUCACUCAGAUUUUGAUAAACCGCACUACAAUCAUUCCCAUCGCCGAUCCUUCCUGGCCAAUUCAAAAGUGUCAGUACGGUUGGGAAUAUAAUUUCACUGAAAUUCCUUAUGAAACUGUUGCAACAGAGAACAAUUGGGUAUGUGACGAUGGAGCACUCCCGACAUAUGCUCAGAGUAUAUUCUUUAUUGGAGCAAUAUGGGGUGGUUUACUUUUCGGCUUUAUCGCCGACAAGUACGGACGAAUUCCCGCAUUAGUAGGAGCAAACGUUAUCGGGUGUAUCGCCGGGAUAGCAACUGCCUUUUCUAAUACCUUUUGGGAGUUCGCAGCAUGUCGUUUUUUCUUGGGUUUUGCAUUCGAUAACUGCUUCACCAUGAUGUACAUUUUAGUUCUCGAGUACGUGGGACCGAAAUGGCGUACCUUUGUGGCAAACAUGUCAAUAGCAUUGUUCUUCACGACCGCAGCGUGCGUUCUUCCAUGGAUCGCAUACUAUCUAGCAGACUGGCGUAUGACCACUAUUGUUUUAUCCGUUCCACUUGCACUUUCUGUAGCAACGCCCUGGCUGGUACCCGAGAGUGCAAGGUGGCUCGUCAGUCAAGGACAAAUAGAUCGCGCUAUUCAUAUUUUAAAGAAAUUCGAAAGAAUUAACGGUACUCAGGUCCCCGAUAACGUUUAUAAAUACUUCAAAGAAAGUUGUGAGCAAGAACUUUCAAUUGAAGACACCAAUAAAACGUACUCGGUAAUCGAUCUGUUCAAAAGCCCUCGUUUACGGAAGAUAGUACUGCUAUUAAUUGUAAUUUGGAUGGCAAUAUCUCUGGUGUUUGAUGGUCACGUACGUAACGUCGAUAAUCUUGGCUUAAAUGUAUUUAUCACAUUCACAAUAGCCUCGGCAACAGAAAUGCCAGCUGAUACAUUACUGACAUUAUUACUCGAUCGGUGGGGACGACGUUGGCUUGCAUUCGGCUCAAUGGCUGUGUCUGGAAUCUUCAGCCUUGGAGCCUGUGCAGUUUCGAGCCGUAUUUAUGCUGCAUCACUAGCGAUAGUUGGAAGAUUUUUCGUGAACAUAUCCUACAACAUCGGACUACAAUACGCGGCUGAAUUAUUACCAACCGUUGUACGUGCCCAGGGCAUGGCACUUAUUCAUAUAAUGGGAUAUGUUGCCAGUAUCAUAGCGCCUUUCAUCGUUUAUCUUGCUGUAAUAUCACCGGAAUUACCUCUACUUCUAUUAGGGAUUCUGGGUAUCAUCGGUGGAGCGCUGGCUCUAUUUCUUCCCGAGACACUUGAUCAAGAAUUACCGCAGACUUUGCAGGAUGGUGAAGACUUUGGAAAAAAUCAAGGCCUCUGGGAUAUGCCUUGCAUGAUGAAGAAAGCUGAUCAUGAGCAAAGGCCAGAAUUCAUCAGAUCCUACAGAGCAGACAGUAUCCGCAGUUCUGGACGGUUGUCACUUCGCGGUGAAGUACUUAGGAGUAGCAUGAUCCAAAGGUCUAGCGUGAGGUCACGAAAAAAUUCCUCGGCGCCUGUCGAGGUUGUAAAAUUGUAAAUUCAUUAGAUUAUUCUUCAUCCAACUAAAUUAAUUAUUUUUUAUUUUAUUUAAAUGUAUUGUUACCAUUAAUUCAUUAUUUUGUAUAAUAUUGCAUGUUUUUUAUUUACUGUCUCGGGAAGACAAAUUAUAAUUAUAAUUAUUAGAAAAGACACUUGACUUAUGUAUUGUAUUUUUUAUAAAAUAAUCGACCUGUGGUAGAAAUUUAUGGAUGAUAAUUAUAAAGUUUCAAGAGUGGAACUUUUUAAUCGAUCUCUUUUGUACUGUAAUUUUAAAUGCGCUGUUGCUUUUUACCCUAGUGGAUCUGUAUACAUUGUGUAUACUCGAUGUAAAUUCGGUGUAAACUUGGUGUGGUGU